ACUGUUUUCUUCCGGGACGCUGCUGUCACCAAAAAAAUGGCAUCUCUUGACAGGGUGAAAGUCUUAGUCUUAGGAGAUUCCGGGGUGGGCAAGUCUUCCUUGGUCCAUCUGCUAUGUCAGAACCAGGUGUUAGGAAAUCCAUCAUGGACUGUCGGUUGUUCCGUGGAUGUACGGGUCCAAGACUAUAAGGAGGGAACCCCAGAGGAAAAAACCUACUACAUUGAACUCUGGGAUGUUGGAGGAUCAGUUGGCAGUGCCAGCAGUAUCAAAAGCACCAGAGCUGUCUUCUACAAUUCAGUUAAUGGAAUUAUGUUGGUACACGAUUUAACAAAUAAGAAAUCCUCUCAGAAUGUCUACCGCUGGUCACUAGAAGCUUUAAACAAGGAUUCUUCUCCAACAGGAGUUAUCGUCUCAAACGGUGACUAUGAUAGAGAGCAGUUUGCUGAGAACCCAGUGCCUUUGCUGCUGAUUGGCACAAAGUUUGACCAGAUCCCAGAAAACAAACGCAAUGAAGUUCUCACUCGGACGGCCUUCCUGUCUGAAGACUUCAAUGCAGAGGAGAUCAACCUCGACUGCACCAACCCAAGAUACCUUGCUGCAGGCACAUCAAAUGCAGUGAAGCUUAGCAGGUUCUUUGACAAGGUAAUAGAGAAGAGAUAUUUCACCAGAGAUCCAAGUCAGAUGACGGGGUUUACAGACAGAAAACGGUUCAACUUCAAAAGUUUGCACUAUGACUGACAGCAGUGGUCUGUGGUAUGGUAAUGCCUGCUGGCUUUUACACCACAAGUAAACCAUCACACUCACUGACACACUUUCUAUAUUGCAUAGAGACAUGCUUUAGCAAGAUGAUACAAAAGGACAUAGACACAUGCUAUAUUUAUGUUUAAUGAGAUUUGGUGAUAAAAUACCCAAUUUCACAGUUUUUAAUUACAUAAUUUUAAAAAAUACAAUCAGUUGUGUUUUUUCCCCUCACAUGUAAUACAAUCAUAUAUACCAGCUUCAUUAAUCUUUUUUUUUUAAACUAAGACCAUAAGAGUUCUAAGUGUUGUUUGAUUUUCUAUGCCAUGUUAUUCAGUAAGCAAGUGCAGAAAGGGCAGUAUUUUUUUAAAUGGUAGCUGAUGUAACAUUCCCCACUUUCUGCAUCACUGUCUUAAUCCAGGGGAGAAAGAAAUGAACUUUAGUGAAGACAUGGGGAUACUUGGGAUUAUCACAAUCAGAUUGAAGGGUGAAAGCUGUUAUACCCUGAGGCUUCGUGUUGCAGAUAAGUGGUCCACCGGAAUCACCCUAGGAAAAAGGCAACAAAAAGGCUUGAUUGAUUAGUUUGUACUUGAUUUUUCAUGAAUAAAGGAAACAGUUUUUUUCCA